CGAAUGGAGACUAUAAACGCCUGCGAACAGUGUUUCAUAUAAUAAUUGAGUCUUCACUGGAGUAUUAACUGAACAGUUUGAAGAAAGGACUUAUAUACAAAGAUGGCAUACAAACAAUAUGAAUUACGGCAGUCAACAGUGGCUGGAUGAUAUUUCAAGAUUGGACCAAAAUGAAGAAAGUAUUUUGUCAUCUGAUUCUGUUGUCAUCUGAUUCUGAAACAUCAUCAAGUUCGGGUGAAAAUGUAGAAGGUAUUAUUUCAUCUAAAGCAACAUCAACAUCGGGUAAAAGUAAGGGAGAAACAAAGGAUAAAAACUACUAUGGAUUUCAUGGAUUAGAUGACACAAAUUACCUAUACCGAGUUUUAAGAGAAAAGGAAUCUAUUAAAAACGGAAUAAUUUGUCAAGAUAAAAAUUCAACCAGAUUUGUUGAGCAGCAUAUUGCAUCGGGAUCAAGAUUUAAAUCAAAGUUCAUCUCAACUACUUCAAGUUUAGACGUAGCCAGAUACUGGGCCUACUUUGAAAUGGAUACAUCCGAAAGAAAACCUAGAAAAGUACCUUUGCGAAUUGUAGAAAUAGAUAUUCAAGAACUUGCUGGAACCAAAUACGAGAAGAAGUGCAUCAAUCUGUGUGAUGAAGAAGUCAGAAAUCACUUUAUUAAAGGUGCCAUUCACAGAAAUUUUGCAAAGUCUUCUAAAGAGGUUCUUUUUGUAGAAAAAAUUCCGAAGAAGGCAAUUCGAUUGAAAAAAGAUAUUUCUAAAAAGGAAAAAAAAGGAAAAAAGAAAAUCAACGAUUUGGCUGCUAAGAUGAGUUUAAUGAGUUUGAAAAAUAACUAAUCAGAUAUUAUAUGUUGUUAUUGGCUCUUACUAUUUUACAACUAAAGUUUACAUUCCUACACAUACAUUAAUAAAUAUUUCAAUCUUAUUUUAUAAACAUAUUUAAGGUUAUAAGAGUUUGUGCGUUAAAAAUCUUCUAUAGGAAUGAAAAAAAAGAUUUGACAAGUAAAACUCGCAGAUUUGUUUUGAAUCUGUUCAUAUACAUAUUUAUAAAUCUCUUCCUAGGAAGAAUUUUAUUCUGUUUUAAAUGACUGUGUUUUAAAUGUAUUUAAUAUAUUGGUAAUUGAUUGUUACAAUGUUCAGUCAUAUAUACGUUUAUGAUUUACCAGUUUGAGUGAAUGAUAAUUUUUCUACAUGUAUUUAUACACUGACAUAUUUUAACUUUUUUCCUACUGUAACCCUGUUUAAUAAACCAUUUUUUAUUUUUGCUUAAUUAUUACAAUACAGAAAUUUUCAUUGGUAUUUAAUAAUUUGUUGUUUUUUCAUAGGUUAACUUUCAAACUCAUUUUUGAUAGUAAUUCUUAGUUUUAAAGAUAAUAUAAUACAAAAUAUAGAACUAUUAAGACAGUCGGACUGAACACAUGUAAUGGUUAAAAUUUAAAGCGAUGGUACCACAGUUAUCUGCUUUUUAAUGUGAAUGGUCAUCGUAAAUAUGAAUAGAGAAACUAUAUUUACACAGAAAAAUUACUUUGUGAAUAAACUAAUAAUAAACGCACUGCUUCGAACGAAAGUUUGUGGCUUUUGCCAUUAGCAUUUUACUAUAUCAGCGUUCUGUUUCGUACAUUUUGCUCUGUACUGUUGAUAUUGGACAGUUUCAAAAAAUGGAUUUAGGUCAUUUAAGAAAGGCAACUGUUUCAUGGUACAACGAGCGUUUGUACAUAUAUUUUGUUUAAUGCUUAAUAAAAUUCAUAUAUUAUUCCUAGUGUGUUAGUUUGACUUGACAGACAAAAAUAGCAGAAACCUACAAAAGAUUGAUAAAAUGAAUACAUUAUACAUGUUCAUAUCAUCGUAAACAAUCAUUUAGAAACUUGAAUAGAAAGCGGAUUCAAAUAAUCCUGUUUACUACAUAUG